GCUCUGCUCCCGCCCCCUGCUACCCCGCACGCCAGCUCACGGAAGCCAUGGGGCGCCGGGCCUGGGUCCCCUGCCCCUACCCCCGACCCAGGCUGUGCCCCCUCCUGUUCCUGCUGCUGCUGCCCACAGGGGCGCAGCCUGAGGCCGGCAGGAACUACACAGAGCCCCCAGAACCCAAGACCACAGUGACCCCUGGGACCCCCGUGACCCUGGCGACCUCCGUGGCCCCCGAGACCCCAGCCACCAGUGCCCAGGAGACAGAGGGACCCCGAGGUGGGGGGCUCCCGCCCCUGCCCAGGGCAGUUCCGUCGAGCAGUGGCCCUGGGGGCCCAGUGCUCACGGAGGCCGGGCAGCCCUGCAGGUUCCCCUUCCGCUACGGCGGCCGCAUGCUGCACUCCUGCACCGCGGCGGGCGGCGCCCACCGGAAGUGGUGUGCCACGACUCACAACUACGACCGGGACCGGGCCUGGGGCUACUGCGUGGAGACCCCGCCCCCAGAGGGUUCAGCUGCUGUGGAUCCCUGCGCCUCCAGCCCCUGCCACAACGGGGGCUCCUGCUCCCACUCCCAGGACCCCGCGUCGUUCCACUGCACCUGCCCCGUGGCCUUCACCGGCAAGGACUGCCGCACAGAGAAAUGCUUCGACGAGACCCGUCACGAGUACCUGGAUCUGGGCGAGCGCUGGGCACGCGUGCACCGUGGCCACGUGGAACAGUGUGACUGCGUGGGCGGCCGGGCUCAGUGCCAGAGCGCCCGCCACACAGCUUGCAUGAGCAGCCCGUGCCUGAACGGGGGCACCUGCCACCUCCUGGUGGCCACCGGGACCACCAUCUGUGCCUGCCCACCCGGCUACGCGGGUCGCCUCUGCAACGUCGUGCCCGCUCAGCGCUGCUUCCUGGGGAACGGCUCCGAGUACCGCGGCGUGGCCGACACCGCCGCCUCGGGCCUCGGCUGCCUGCCCUGGAACUCCGACCUGCUCUACCAGGAGCUGCACGUGGACUCGGUGGCCGCUGCGGCCCUGCUCGGCCUGGGUCCCCACGCCUACUGCCGGAACCCGGACGGGGACGAGCGGCCCUGGUGCUAUGUGAUGAAGGACCACACGCUCUCCUGGGAGUACUGCCGCCUGGAGGCCUGCCGCGAGUCCCAGGCCAGAUCCCAGCCCCCGGUCUCCGAGGUGCUGGUGACCCUGGCUGAGCCGGUGGCAGCUGGACGCCCCAACUGCGGCAAGAGGCACAAGAAGAGGAGCUUCCUGCGGCCCCGCAUUGUGGGCGGCUCCUCCUCGCUGCCCGGCUCCCACCCCUGGCUGGCCGCCAUCUACAUCGGGAGCAGCUUCUGCACAGGGAGCCUGGUGCACACCUGCUGGGUAGUGUCUGCUGCCCACUGCUUCUCCAACAGCCCCCGCAAGGAGAGCGUCACGGUGGUCCUGGGCCAGCACCUCUUCAACCAGACCACGGCCGUGACGCAGGUGUUCGGCAUCGAGAAGUACAUCCCCUACUCCCUGUACUCCGUGUUCAGCCCCAGCGACCACGACCUGGUCCUGAUCCGGCUGAAGAAGAGGGGCGAGCGCUGCGCCGUGCGCUCCCAGUUCGUCCAGCCCAUCUGCCUGCCCGAGCCGGGCAGCGUCUUCCCCGCCGGACACAAGUGCCAGAUCGCCGGCUGGGGCCACGAGGACGAGAACGGGAGCGGCUACUCCAGCGUCCUGCGGGAGGCACUGGUGCCCCUGGUCGCCGACCACAAGUGCAGCAGCCCCGAGGUGUACGGCGCCGACAUCACGCCCAACAUGCUCUGUGCCGGCUACUUCGACUGCAAGUCGGACGCCUGCCAGGGCGACUCGGGCGGGCCCCUGGCCUGUGAGAAGGACGGCGUGGCCUACCUGUACGGCAUCAUCAGCUGGGGCGACGGCUGUGGGAGGCUCAAUAAGCCCGGCGUCUACACCCGGGUGACCAACUACGUGGACUGGAUCAAUGACCGGAUUCGGCCUUCCAAGCGGCCUGCGGCUCCCUCCUGAGCCCCAGGGGUGCCUCCCACCUGCUCUGCAGGCCCUGCCCUGGACAAUAAACAGAAUCCCACCA